CUCCCCUCAUCAUCGUUUCAUUCUUUCUAUUUCUCCACCGAGAGAAGCAAAAACCUUAGCGACCAGAGCCGCGCACAGGGGAAGUCCUGUGAAAAUUUCUCAGCUCAAAUCUUGAGCCCUAGUGAUCCAAAAAUCCCGUAAGUAAUACCUAAUUCAUCUAUUCAUCGUGAUUUAUCAAUUUAGAGCUUUAAAACGAGUUUUUGGUUCAGGAAUUUCUUGAAUUCCCGAUCUGCCAAAUUAGGGUUUCGGAGUAUCCGGAAGCCGGAUUGAGCCCAAAUUUCAUAUACGAGCUUCCUGCAGCGAGGUAAUCAAUCCUCUAGUUCAAAUCCCUGAAUUUCGGCUAUUAUUUAGGCCGGGGUCCGAACCGCUGAAUUUAGCUCCGGCCAGGGUUUGAUGUGUUUUUAUCGAGAAUUUGACCCGGAGCCUAGAACUAAUAUUGACGGGGAUACUGCAGGGGAUAUUAGGACGGUCUCGGAUUUUAAUUCGGGGUUCGUUCGUGAAAUUGACGUUUUAGUACGGGAAGCUAAAACCGGUGUUUGAACGGCCAAAGCUGGUGAGGGAUUAGCACGGCAUACCGGGUUUGUCGUAUCACGAUAAUUAUAUUGAUGCUUAGAAUUGACCUAGGUGAACUAGAAUGGCAUGAUUAGGGGUGUAUGGACUUUUGUGUUAUAUGAUGAACCCUGGACUGUUGUAUGAUAUUAUUGAUUUGCCCUAGCCGAUAUGGACCUUGUUUAUGUUGAUGAUUGCAUACAUGUUGCCAUUUGUGGCUUAACCGUUGUUAUGAAUUCAUGGUUGUUCGAUCAGGUGUUUUGAUAUGAUGUGAUAUUUUGGUUGUAUUUGGAUUCACAAGUGGGGGAAAUAAACUUCCCAAGGUGAUAUUAUGAUGUUUUAAGGAGGAUGACUUGCAUGAGGGUUUAUCCCGAGGAAGUGCAAUUAUACGACUCCUGAUUUACCUAUGUUGAGCCAAUUGUGGCCUGGUCAAGUACAUGUGCAAGUAACGAAUUAUGAUUAAGCAAGAUGAGAUAUGAAUCAUGUAUAAGGAUACCAAAUAUGAGUGUUGUGGUCUCACGGUCAACUACAUAGUAAUUAGGGCUCCCUAUGCUAUUACUCUAUUAUGAUAUGUAUGAUAGUCACACCUCUCAUGUGGUGGUGACUGAAGAAUUCUUACGAGAUAUGACCACACCCAGAGUGGUGUCGGGGUAUGACUACACCCAUAGUGGUGUGGGGUAUGUAUGACCACAUCCGACGGGAUGUUGGGGUAUGUAUGACUACAUCCGACGGGAUGUGGGGUAUGUUUCCCGGGAGAGUUAUUAGCAUGGGAGUAGCCAGGCGCCUAUGAGUAAAACAUGAUAAGAUGCAUAUGCAUAAGUCAAGGUGGUUGAGUCUUUUGCCUAUUGGGAUAUGAGGAUGGCUGAGAUCUGAUCCUAGUGCUUUGGCUUGUUUGCUAGAUGUAUGGUAGUGGUAUGCUAUGUUAUGAACUCACGAUGCUAUGAUUAUCUCACUCAGCUAGGAGCUGACCCUCUUUUAUUCUUCUUCUCUGCUUAUGCUAUGUGUAAGCAGAUCAUCCGCAGCAGUAGUAGAUAGGUGUAUAGGUGGGAGCUGAGCUAGAGUUGAAGCCAGGAUGAGGUAUGGUCUUCAACUAUUCUGUGCUUGGACUACUACUCGGGAUUUUGGCCAGUGAUCCACAGCUUUUUGUAAAAAUGUUUUGAGAACGUUUUUCAUGUGCAUACUAGCUUCUGAUGUAGUGUGAGAUAUCCACAGGUGUGGAAAGUUGAUGAUAUGUGUAUAUGUUGUGUAACUGUGUAAGUUGUGACAAUUAUGGUAUGUAUAAGUUUGGUAUGCAGUUGUGUAGUAUGAAACUGUGACUAUGGCUAUGAAAAGCCAAUGCAUAUGGUUGUGAGUAUAUGUGUUUGUCUAUGAAUGCAUGGAUUCAGAUGAAUUAUUUUGCAGGAUCAUAUGGAAGAACUGUUAGCCCAUUACGCGAGUAAUUCAUGUCGAAAUUUUAUUUUGGUAAAUUUUGAUAAUUAAUGUAACACCCGAGAUUAUUUCCGCUGCAAUUGUAUGAACAAUAUGAUUAGGCAAAACGUAUAGGGUAGGGUGUUACACAUAUAUACUCACAAACAUAUGCAUUGGCUUUUCUUAGCCAUAGUCACACUUUUCAUACUCCACAACUUCAUACCAUACUUAUACAUACCAUAAUCGUCACAACUUACAUAGUUACACAACAUAUACACAUAUCAUCAACUUUCCACACCUGUGGAUAUCUCACACUACAUCAGAAGCUAGUAUGCACAUGAAAAACGUUCUCAAAACAUUUUUUUACAAAAAGGUGUGGAUCACUGGCCAAAAUCCCAAGUAGUCGCCCAAGCACAGAAUAGUUGAAGACCAUACCUCAUCUUGACUUCAACUCUAGCUCCUCUCCCACCUAACACUUAUCUACUGCUGAUGCUGAUGAUCUGCUUACACAUAGCAUAAGCAGAGAAGAAGAAUAAAAGAGGGUCAGCUCAUGGCUGAGUGAGACAAUCAUUGCAUCGUGAGUUCAUAACAGAGCAUACCCAUACCAUACAUCUAGCAAACAAGCCAAAGCACUAGGAUCAGAUCUCAGCCCUCCGAAAUCCCAAUAGGCAAAAGACUCAACCACCUUGACUUAUGCAUAUGCAUCUUAUCAUGUUUUACUUAUAGGCGCCUGGCUACUCCCAUGCUAAUAACUCUCCCGGGAACAUACCCCACACCCUUCGGAUGUAGUCAUACAUACCCCAAAAUCCCGUCGGAUGUGGUCAUAUAUACCCCGCACCACUAUGGCUGUAGUCAUACACCGACACCACUCUGGGUGUGGUCAUAUCUCGUAAGAAUUCUUCAGUCACCACCACAUGAGAGGUGUGACUAUCAUACAUAUCAUAAUAGAGUAAUAGCAUAGGGAGCCCUAAUUACUAUGUAGUUGACCGUGAGACCACAACACUCAUAUUUGGUAUCCUUAUACAUGAUUCAUAUCUCAUCUUGCUUAAUCAUAAUUCAUUACUUGCACAUUUACUUGACAUGGCCAUAAUUGGCUCAACAUAGGUAAAUCAGGAGUCGUAUAAUUGCACUUCCUCGGGAUAAACCCUCGUGAAAGUCAUCCUCCUUAAACAUCAUAAUACCACCCUGGGAAGUUUAUUUCCCCCACUUGUGAAUCAAAAAACAACCACAAUAUCACAUCAUGUCAAAACACCUGAUCGAACAGCCAUGAAGUCAUAUCAACGGUUAAGCCACAAAUGGCAACAUGUAUGCAAUCAUCAACAUAAACAAGGUCCAUAUCGGCUAGGGCAAGUCAAUAAUAUCAUACAACAAUCCAUGGUUCAUCAUAUAGCAUAAAAGUCCAUACACCCCUAAUCAUGCCAUUCUAAUUCACCUAGGUCAAUUCUAAGCAUCAAUAUAAUUAUUGUUGUCAUAACUGGGUAGCCCAUUAGUACGAUAUUGUCCGCUUUGGGCCAAGCCCGCACGGUUUUACUCUUGGGUGUCCUCCCCCAAAAGGCCUCGUACUAAUGAGAUUGGUGGACACGGAGGCGGAAGUUGAGGAUGGCCUUGCCGCCACGGAGGCGGAAGGUGGCGUUGUUGUAUGCUUUGGUGAUUACUACAUCGAAUCCGCCAAGACUUAACUCGCCGGUUACUACAAUUCCUCUGGAGGCUUUGUCUCUCUGUGGGUUUAGCUUGGAGUUUCAGCGAUAUAGGGCCAACAACAAGUGAUCUCAACACCACCACCAAUCUCCCAAUUUUCAUAUUGCCAUCUUCACGUUCGAAUUGGUUUUCCUCUAGUUCAAUUGCAAGCAUCACAAUCGGUCGUGUUGGUUUUUUGGUGGUUUUGGCUCUAGGGAUUUGGUUUUGGAUAAAACUCAAGAAGAAACAAGAAGACGAAUAAGAGGAUGGUGUUUGCUGAAGGUAGUGAAGAUCUGGUGAAAAUCUAUUGGAUUCACAGGAAGCAAGAUCUUCGGUUUGGUUUAUCUCUUUAUAAAUUAGGGAAGCGACUCGCCGGAGUGGUGGAAUCGAAGAGGGGAAAGAGAUCCGGAGUGGUGGAUUCGGAGAGGGGAAAGUCGGGUUGCAUCAUCGCCCAUAGCCUCCGUCAAACCCCUCUGUAGUGCUUUCCGUCAUCCACGUAAUUGGUGAGAUAGGAAUGGAGCUGGAUUUGGGUCGAUCGGGUCUGGGGGGAGGUGGGAGCUUGGGAACGGAGAUGUUGGACAUGGGUGGCUUCCUCUAGCUUAAGGUACUGUUGCAGCUAGAAGAAGGAGAAUGAGAUAGUAAUGAAACAGAAGGACCGUUAGAGGGGGUUUGGUAUUGUUGGAAGUGGGAGAUGAAGGAAUCCAUGGAAGGGAAGUCAGUUAGGAAUGAGACUGCCAAAGCAUACGAUAUCGCCGCCUUUCGCCUCCAUGGCAGCAGAGCCAUCCUCAACUUCCCACUCUAAGCCGGUAGGAAUUCCGACUCAUUCCCCCAUCGAAAUUGAGUGACUGUUGCGGCGGGUUUAGAAAGAUGAAGAUUGGGGAAGUCCAUGAUGGUGGCGAGGGGAGCUUUAAGGCGGUGAAGGCGGAGAAUGAGUCGUCGCUGGCGGCAGGGCAAGGUGGGGAAUCGGUGCCAUUAACGCCGGCGAGCUUGAAGGUGUUCUUGGACGGGGAAGCAUUUUUUAACAGUUAGAAAUAAUAGUAAGAAACCAGGUGGAAAUUUUAAAAAUUAUUUAUUUUGUUAUUUUUUAAUUGUCAUGUCACACAUUUAAUGGUCAACUAUAAAAGUUGACUGCCACGUAAGCAAAAGUUAACGGAGUUUGACGGAGAGUGACCAAACUUGAGAUGUUUAACUAAUUUUAGUGACCACGAAUGGAAUUAAAUAUUUUUAGUGACCAAACAUGAACGUUUUCAGUAAUUCCAGUGAACAAGAUUGCAAUUAACCCCUCUUAUAAAUCAUGACAAUUGAAUUCAAUUAGGCCGUCACCCAUUGAUACCCUAAUCUCAAUAAGGUAAACAGUUCCGAAAUGCUUAACCACAUCUACACUUUUUAAAACUUCAAGGGGUCGUUUGAAUUAGGGAAUGUGUAAAUGAGGGAUUUUGGAUUAAAAUCUCUCAAUUAAAAACCCAGAUAUUUUAAACGUGGGAUUUGAUCCAAAUAACAUGUUUGGGAAUAGAUGAAGGAUUUUAAUUAAAAAUUAAAGUUACAAUUAUACCCAUCCCUAAUCCCUAAGGAAGAAUAAGAAAGGAAGAACAAAAGGAGGGGCAGAGUUUGGAAAAGAAUGAGAAAAAAUGAGUGAUUGUGAAAUAGCUGAUCCCCAUCAGCUAUUUUAAAAACUCUCAUAUGAGAGAUUUAGAAUUUCCUCAUGCCCACAAUCUCUCACCUUUCCAAACGCAGAAUUAUUUUAAAAUCCUACACAAUGAAAGAUUGUUUCAAAAUCACUCAUAAAUCCCUCAUCACAUUCACUAAUCCAAACGACCCCAAAGCGAAUCACUUGAUGCAAGUGUUCGCUGGUUAGCUAACCUAUUGGUUGUGGUUGUUUGUACUUUUCUCCAAUGGUCAGUACUGAUUAAGCCUGUUUUUGCUGGUAAAGCUUUAACCACUCCACAAGUUUAGGCCCACUUAUCACAGUAGUUAAGACAGCCCAAUAUCCUUGGCUCAUUUGUAUUCAUGCACCUACAAAAUAAAAGCAAGAUUGUUCGAGCAUAGUUUAUGGGCUUUUUAGCCCAACAAAGGAAGGGCUCUUUUUCCCUUCUUAAUGCAACUACUACGUACGUCAACUCUUGUUUUGAACAAAACUACAUUGACACUUUAUAGGAUAAAUUAACUGUUUCCUCAUAAUUCAAGAGAGACUUAAAUCUUACUAGUUUUUUGGCCCGCGCUCCGCCGCGGAAAGAAAAUAAUGAUUAAAAUCAAAUAAUUCACAAAAUUAUUCAAAUAAGAUACAUAUGUAAGUUUCACAUAAUGAUUUAAUCAUUACGAAUAACAUACAACAUCCAUUUGUUAAAUGAUAUAUAGUAAAUAACUAUUUCUACAUAAGGUUUACGAAGUGUUUAUUCUAUAUUGAAAACUUACAUUUUUUAAUUAAUUGAUGCAUAUAAAAUGAUUAUUUGUCCAUAAAAUUACGUAGUCUCUUAAUCAUUAAGGAAAACUAAUGUUACAGUUAUAGAAUGUUAUUAGAUAAAUCUUUCAUAAUGUAUGAUCUAAUAAUAAAAUCAAGUUAUAGUAAGUAACAUUUUUAUUUUGCAUAACUGUUAUGAAAUGUUGUUACAUAAAUAUUUUAUAAUGAGUGGUCUAAUAAUAAAACAAAAUUUUAGAAAGUAACAUGAAAGUAACAUAUGAUUAAACUAUUAUGUCAAAAUUAACUAAUCAAGAGUUUAUGGUAAAAUUGGAUGUAGGAGAUAAAGAACUAUUAUAGAACGUUGUUGCAUAAAUAUUUUAUAAUCAUUAAAGAAAACUUAUGUAAUAGUUACAGAAUGUUGUUACAUAAAUCUUUCAUGUGUGAUCUAAUAAUAAAAGUAAGUUAUAGUAAGUAACAUUGAUUGAUUUUUAAUUUACAUGACUGUUAUGAAAUGUUGUUACAUAAAUAUUUUAUAAUGUGUGGUCUAAUAAUAAAACAAAAUUUUAGAAAGUAACGUGAAAGUAACAUAUGAUUAAAUUAUUAUGUAAUAGUUAACUAAUCAAAAGUUUAUGGUAAAAUUAGAUGUAGGAGAUAAAGAACUAUUAUAGAACGUUGUUAUAUAAAUAUUUUAUAAUGUGUGGUCUAAUGAUAUCACACUUUAUAACAUAUCCCAUCAUAUGAAAUAAAAUCAAGUUAUGAAACUAUCAUAGAACUUUUUUUUUCAAAAGAAUGAUGUUGCACAAAAAUUCUAUAAUGUGUGGUCUAAUAAUAAAAUCAGGUUAUGGAACAUUAAUUAAACUAUUACGUAAAAAUUCACUUUCGGAACUUUUGCAUAAUACAAAUCAAUGAGAUGAUGAAUAUUGUAAUAAAGGAAUUAAGAUAUGAAAAAUAUCACAUUUGAUCAAAUGGUAUAUAAAAAAUAACUGACAUUGCGAAACUUUUGUGGAAUGUAAUUUUUAUGUUAUAUAUUUAUAAUUUACGUAAUGUAGAAGAUUAAUAAAUCCCCUAAACAGAAGAUUAAUAAAUCCCUCGGCUAGCCCAAAAAAUUGGGUACACCCACCCACAUGAUAUAGCUCUCUAAUGAACAGUACCAACCCCCAGAAAAUUCUCAUAAAACACGAUAAAAGUGGGGUUGCAAUUAAUUGAUCACACGCACAAGGUCGGCUUUCCCCGGUAAAAGUGGGUUCUAGCUAUUUUGUCGUGAUGAACAGUGUUUUAGGUUGUAGUUUACUUGCGCUAUUAAUUAAUUAAUGUAUAAAAACCAUGGUUCAAAAAGGUAGCCUAACCGUUAGGAAAUACGAGGGGUCCGCAUCUAGUUAGGUACUGGGUACACGUUAACGAAGUAAGACGACACCUAAAUGUCUUCUAAGUAUAAUCAAACGGAGAUAGACACUUAAUAUCAAAAAGGAAAAUUAAAACAAACUAGGAAAUCAAUUUUCUAUGUAAAUCAUUUUAAUAGCUCAAGAACUUUGUAAGCUAUUGAGUUAUGAUUCUACAAACUUUUGUGUUAUUUUCUUAUCUUUAAGUGUGAAGUAAGUUAUUAGUAUUUUUAACCAAAGUCACGAGGCAUUGUAAAUUAUUAUUUCAUUUUAUUCAUUAAACACUAGAAAAUAUCUCAACUCCAUUUAUGCUUAGCGCCUUCUUGAAUCUUGAUAAAAAUGGACUUAAAACUGGACACGGGUUUAGAUCAACUAUGAAAAUCAUAUUCUAGGAAUUAUUGUUAUGAAAGUCAAUGUCUGAGCUACCACACAUGUCUUUUAUAUCAAGUACGUAGGCUUGAUUACUGAGUGAUUAGGCAUAAGCACGUACUUACACCUUCUAAGUCAUUUGAUUUACGAUCGGAUAAUUGAGGUCCGCAUAGAAGGAGCUAGAAACAAAAAUGAACGAGUUGGAUAUGUUUGAAUCCCUUAAACAUAUGUAAUGUUGACAGACGCUAUCCAUACACUUGAAGUCCAGACUCCAGAGUAGUGUAGUAAAAACCGGUUUGCAGUAUUUGCCAUCAAAACAGUAGUUUACAAGGAAUUUGGUUGGGUCCCUUGUACCAUGAACCGACAUUGGAAUAUCCCCCACUUGGCUUCCCUGUUCAUUAAGCAAACAACAAUAUUCCUUUUUUUUUUCGCCAACAACAAAGAGCGCCAUUGAAAAUGGAAGAAGAGGGAGUGGUUAAAAUUAAAGCUAAGAGUAGUUGGAUGGCAAUGGAGUUGGUCAACUACAUUUAAUACUUUGUCCUCAGACAAAACAAACCCUUAAUGGAAAAAUUGAGCUGCAGAGGUUUGGGCACUGUUGGGAGGCAAAGGUUCAAUUCGGUUCAUUUGUCGCUGCCCUCUUGUAAAAGGCCUAAUUUAGACAAAACCUAUAUAAGACAGCAAACGGACAAAAGAGAAAAGAAGAGGAACACAGAAUGAAAAUAUUUGGAGUUGGCGUGUGGGUGAGAGUGAAAGAUCCAUCUGCAGAAGGGAAGGAAGGACGACGACGACACACACUUAACAAAUUAAGCACCAAACACGCAUUUAAUUACUACGUACUAUAACCGUCUGCUUUUGCCAUAAACAUGCAACCAAGAAUUUAACCCCACCCGCGGUUGUUGUCUGUCUGUUGCGUUUUGGUUGUUAAUGUUGUGAUUGUGCAUGGGGUUUUGUAAUUUUUUUGGUCUUAUGUUUGUGAUCUUAUGAUGAUAUUCAUUGUUAUAUAUAGUUUCAAGGAAAAUGUGUGGAACAUAACUAAUCAUUCCGACUUAGGCAUUUGAUAUUGUUUAUAAGAACUCAUUCAUCCUAAUAUUUUUUCUUGAAGCCGGCAGUCUCUGAGUUCGGAAAUGAUAUAGGAACGGCUACGGUGCUAAUUGUACAAUAGUUAGCACCGUCCUAACCAAGGGAAAAACUACUACUAGUUUGAAUUAGUAGUGAUUUAGCAUAGAUGUUGUAUUGAUUUUAUAAUAAUCGGUAGUGAUUUCGUUAUUUUUAAUAGCGUUUUUUGCUAAUUAUCACGGUGCUAACCCUUAUAAGGGUUAGCACCUAAUCCCAUCCCGGGCCACGAGUCUAGAAAAUUUUCUCCCAACAAUUCAACCCCGGAGAAGGCAAAUUAGAGAAAUCAAACAUUCUUCCAUCAUUGUGAUCGUAUCUUCUUUGUUCAUUUCACUAUCACUCAUGAACUAAUGUAUUUUAUGAAUGAGAUGAAUCCUAAUGAUGUUAUUAUGGAUUAAUUCAAUGUAAUAUAUAGAUGAGAAAUUUUACAAUGCUAUAUAGUAUUAGUGCUAUAGGUUUUUGCCUUUAUAGUACAACUUAAAAUUGUACAUUUACGUUAUGGUACAACUUCAGAUUAUACCUAUACUUUUUGUACAAAUUCUUUUAUGGUACAACUUGAACUUGUACCAUUAUGUGAUGGUACAACUUCUAGUUGUAAAGUUGUACCAUAACAUAAUGGUACAAAUUGCUUUAUGGUACAACCUAAACUUACAUAUUUAAUGUUAUGGUACAACUUUGAGUUGUACAUUAAAGCAUCAAUACUAUAUAGCAUAGUAGAAGUGCUCAUAUAUAGAUACAGAUGUUAGCUUUCCUUCGAGCUAUAUCCUUGAGUUACAUUGCGAUUUUUAAUAAUUGUGUGCAUACUAUUUACUGGUUCAUGUGCCUGAAGAAUAUCUACAUUGUAUGACUGAUCACUUCAGGAUAGAAAGAACUGAUAUGAUUACUAGAUAUAUAGAACCAUGUAGAACAUUUGGAUUAGCAUGAAACUUAAUAUAGAAAUUCACAAAAUUGUUUAGCUCUUUAACUACUUAGUUUAGACCAAUGAGAAUACCGAGUAUAAUACUAUUUUGAGAACAUCUCUGAUCAAUGAAGAGGAAUCAUAAUUAUGUCAGUGCUUGAUCAAGAUGUAUAAAGCGACUAAGGAUGUUUGAAUAUGAACAAUGUCGACCAAUUGUGUUUUCUUAAUUGGUAUGGUAGUUGAUUUUAUUUCAGUUAAUUAAAAUCGCUUGAAAUUGGCUAUUUAUUAGUAAACUUGGUGUACGUACUAGUAGUUAGAGCCUCUGUGGCAUACAACCUUAGUUGCCUGCACAGACGACCUUUUUUGGUUAUAUAAACAGGCGCAAAUGUAUUACACAUGACAUACUUGGAACUAAGGCCAAGUCCAAUGCAAACCCAAAUUUGGAGGUCUUCGUCCUCAAAUUUGAGGAUUGAUCCUCAUUUUUCCUUCCUUUGCUUUAAUGCUCCAAUCUCCAUAUUUGGAGAUCUUAAUUUUUGCAGUUUUUCCAUUUACUUAAAAAUGUACUUAUCGAAGCCUUAAAAUAAUUUGUUCUUGUUAAUUUUUGUAUAGUUCGUCAUCAUUUUUAUAUACAAAAUUUUUUAUAUAAUUUUGUUAAAUUCCGAGACCGAAUUUUUUUUUGGCGAAAAAUUAUGAACCUAAUUUGGGUUUACACACAACACUUGAAAACGAUUGAUCUAAUUAAACUCCUAACUAAUCCCAUAAUUAAACCCCAAUUAACCCCUAAAAUCUAAAAAAGAAAAAGAAAAGUCACGUGACGGGCUUUGGGGAGUCUCUAUAUUUGGCGGAACCCCCAUUUCCACCCCCAAAUUUGGGGAUCCUUUUGCAGAUCUCCCCCAAAUAUAGAGACACCACUGGAGCUAACUUUUUCCCAAAUAUAGAGACUUCGACGCUCCAUUGGAGUUAGCCUAAUAGACGAUUUGCACUGGGAUUUUUUUUGUGUGUGGAUUUGUUGAGACUAUAGGGUGUGCGUGCGCGCUUUGGCUUCUCUAUAAUUAUAGCAACUUUUGUGUAAAGUCUUAAAGAUAUUUUUGGUAUGAGGUGUUAAAAAAUGUAAAUUGGAUCGGAAAUGAGGCUAAUCUGGCAUGCCACGGCGGAUGGGGUCUUCACGGUCAAGUCGGCUUACCAUUUAGCUGUCUCCAUUGAUAGAAGAGGGGGUGGAUGGAGGUCAACGGUUGGUUGGAUGGAUAAGGCCUAUUGGAUUUGCCUGUGGGAAGCUAACAUUCCUCCGAAGCUUAAAGUCUUUGUCUGGCAAAUUCUCAAUCGCAUUCUUCCUACUACUGAGGCCCUAAUUAAGAAGAACGUCCCUGUGCACCCCUGAUGUCCGGUUUGUUGGGCUAGUGCGAAAACGAUGGAGCAUUUAUUUCUUGAUUGUCCGGUGGCGCGUGCCAUUUGGGAUUAUUCUGGACUGGCUUAUCUGGGGGAGGGGCUCCCUCGUCAUACUUUCCCGUUGUUUCUGAAGCGGCUAAUGGCUUUGAUUCACCAACCUACUCUUUUUAUGGCGGUGGUGGCUGUCCUUUGGAGGAUUUGGCGGUCAAGGAACUGGGUUGUCUUCGAGGGUAAGCAAUUUGGGUUCCCUACCUUGAUGUGCCAGUUUCAUCAACAGUAUGAGGAGUGGGUACGUUUACCGAUGAUAAGAUUCCAAUGGCGGCUCCUCCUACGGUGGCUCCCCAUGAGGCACAUCCACUGGGGCAUGGGGGGGGGGGGGGGAAUAGGAUUGUUUGUAUGUGGGACGGGGCAGUUAGGAGGGGGUCGCACUCGGCUGGAGGGGUGGUUCUUAUGACGCCACAGAGAGAUGUUUGGUUGGUGAAAGGGGUUCAUUUUCCUUGUCUGGAUGACCCAAUGGUGGUGGAGUUGCUUGUCCUCCGUGAGGCUGUGGUGUGGUGCCUAGAGCUUGGCCUAUCUGAGGUGAGCUUUGAAGGGGAUGCCAAGGUAAUUAUUGAUAAGAUUAAUCAGGCGGACGUCAGGAAUAACCGUGUUGGUGCUGUGCUGGAGGAACUUCUGCAGUAUUUUCGCAGCCAUGCUGGGUUUAGUGUUCGAUUUGUCGGUCGGCGUAGUAAUAGGGUAGCCCAUUCGGUGGCUCGUAAAGCCCUCCCUUUGUACUAGACGAUAAGUCGUUUCUUUGAUUUUCAGGCAUGGCUGAACUCCAGGAUAUAACUAUCUUUUGCUUGGAUCAAUAUAAGAUUAUCUUUUGU